ACUACUAGUACUGUGAGUCUGCGUUGUAGUAGCAGCCGACCCGUUCUUUCCAUCACUUGACUAUUUCGUAUAACUCAAGCUUGGUUUUAUGGACUAUCUUCGCAGCUUCGGCUCUGCUGCGGUAUCGACUCUGGUUCAGAAAUCGGGACUUAAUCUACCGUUCUCGCUAGGUGCCAAAGUUUACUCCUGCGAGACUUUCUGGACCUUGUACGACGCUACCAAACGGGAAGAUGGUAGCCUGGUCUCGGUUUUCGAGUAUGAUCUAACCCACCCUCUCAACAAGUCCACCAUACCCCUCGCCCGCAACUCUCUCCGCAAGCUGCGCACCAUACGACAUCCAGAUGUACUGAGAUUUAUCGAUGUCGUAGAAUCCGACUCAGCUAUUUGCAUCAUGACUGAAAGGGUUCGCCCUCUACCUCUCGCGCUAUCCCAAUCAUCCUCCAAUGUUGCACGCGAGCGAGAGGACUGGCUGAUUUGGGGACUACACCGAAUUUCAGUAGCUCUUGCUUUUCUCAACGAUUCGGCUUCGUCAACCCAUGGUAACGUUCGUCCAAAUGCCGUCUUCAUCACUCCUUCAGGAGAGUGGAAGUUGGGAGGUUUCGAGGUGUUGAGCAAUCCAAAAGAUGGUCUUUCUGUUAUAUAUACCAUGGGCGGCCUCAUGCCAGACGCGAUGGCAUGCGCACCCCCGGAAGUCAAGAAAGAGGGCUGGUCUGCUCUCAAAGACGUACCAGUAUCAGCUCCGGACGGAUACGCUCUUGGUCUACUUCUACACGCUGUCUUCAAUCCCACCCACCCUCCACCACCAACUGCUCAGCCUCCUCAUCCACCACCUCAAGUCUCUUCUAGAGGUGCUAUACCAUUGACCGUCUUUCCCUCCUUCAAAAAGCUCCUUAACCCGAAUGCGAAAUCACGAAUGUCACCUAAAACCCUACUAGACAUUGGUAUGGCCGAGUCGGACGGAGAAGGACAUGGAUUUUUCGUACAUAACCGACUUGUCAAGGUCUGCGCUGGACUAGACGGAUUCACCCUGAGUAGUGAAUCUGAUAAGGCAUCUUUACUACGCACGCUAAAGGAAUCAGCAUCUUCAUUUCCCCCCGAAUUCAUCUCUUAUCGCAUUCUCCCAUGCCUCGCCUCUGCGCUUGAGUUCGGCGGUGCAUCGGCAGCAACCAUCGUCCCUCUAGUCCUCCAAUUCGGAAAGAACGUCGCACCUGAUGACUAUAGUUCGAUCAUCGUUGCACCCCUCGUCAAACUCUUUGCGAGUGCCGACCGUGGCACACGCAUUGCGCUUCUCGAUAGUCUCCCCGACUUCGCGGAAAAACUGGAUAAGAAAACAGUUGUAGAUAAGAUCUGGCCAAACCUGCAAACCGGUUUCACUGAUACUGUUGCUGUCAUUCGAGAAGCUACUGUCCGCGCUAUCGUCCUAAUUUCUCCCAAGCUAUCCGACCGUAUACUCAACAACGACCUCCUCCGUCACCUCGCCCGCCUCCAAUCAGACCCAGAAGCUUCUAUCCGCACCAACACGUGUAUUCUCAUCGGUCGGCUUGGCCCUUCGCUAGGACAUAACACCAAACGAAAAGUUCUCGUUCCCGCAUUUAGCAUGGCGCUGAAGGAUUCAUUCGUCCACGCUCGUGUGGCAGGUGUUAUGGCGUUUAUGGCAACUGCGGAGUGUUUCGAUAUUGACGAUGUGGCCGGUAGAGUCGUUCCAGCUGUUGUAGGUGCUACGUUGGAUAAAGAAAAGUUGGUUCGUGAUCAGGCAUUCAAGGCUGUCGAGCUUUUCGUCAAGCGUUUAGAGGUUCACGCUUCGACUAUGCCGGAGACAGCCUUCACAGAAGAUGGCGGGGAAGAUCUACCUGCGAGGCUCCCAGGUGCAUUCACCCAGGCUGGCCUUGUAAACUCAGCAACAGGCGCAGCAGCUGCUCUCACAGGAUGGGCUGUAUCGUCCCUUGGCAAAAAGCUUGCCCCUGCUGAUAUGCAAACAGCGAUUUCGAGUCCCAUCGACGCAUCAACAUUGGCACCAAACAUCAAUGGGCGCGCCAGUCCUCUACCUGUGUCAUCUUCUCCCUCCGCAAAUACAUCAAGGAGCAAAGGCCUACAACUGGGUGGAAAUAAAGCCCCGGCUUCCACUCUUGCUGCGCACCUCGCUGAAGAGAUCGCCAACGAGGCAGGGCAGGGCAGUAGUCGUUUGUGGAAUGAGGAUUUGAUCGAUAUUAAUGCCGAUGAAGGAGAUUGGAGUGCGUUCGAGAGUGCUCCACCCGCUGCAGAAUCAAAGCUCGCGGCAACCAAUGGCCUAGGCUUCGGAAUAUCGCUGCGGUCCAGUUCUCCAAUUCCUGAUGAAUGGGGCGCAAUGGAAUCUUCAUCUCGACCUACAGGUCGCUCGCCUAUAUCACACCCCUCCCAGAUCUCACGCACGCUCUCACCACAACCCCGCAGAUCAAUCGUACCUUCCCCUCUCGCACCAGCAUUCUCACCCGCUUCAAGCACCCGAUCAACACCAAUAUCAUCCCCUCGACCUCUUCCGAAUACUGCUGACAACACACCGCCGACUAGUAUGGCUGGGAUGUCUAAGGAGGAGAAGGCGGCUGAGAUGGCGAGGAGGAAGGAGGAGAGGCGGUUGCGGAUUGAGAAGCUGAAGGAGCAGAAGAAGAAUGCUGCAGCUGCAGCUGGAAAGGUUUGAGUAUGAUAGCGUUGAUGAACACUUGUUUAUGUGAUGGUGCGAUG